CGAAAGGUCUGGAAGAAAUCGAUCGACCAGUCCAAUUCGUAGGAAACGCACCAUCCCAUAUUCUGGGGAAUGUCGCAAGGCCUCGAGACAGGUGCGAAGAAAGCUGCCUCUCCGGGUGGCUCAGGGCCGCCAUCGAGCGAUCGAAAUCGAUAGACGGAAUGGUGAAACAGAGGGAGGGGGUAUGGUGGCAGCGAGCACAGCGAGUAGGAUGGGAACAAUCGUGAGGGUGUUGAUCGUUCGAGGAGGAACGAGAAAUUGAUCGUUCCUGGACGGUGUGCGAGGCGAGAGGGGCAAGAUGAGCGUCGUGGGGUUGGACGUGGGGAACGUGAAUUGCAUCAUUGGAGUAGCGCGGCAGAGAGGGAUCGAUGUGGUUCUCAACGACGAAUGCGGGCGGGAAACUCCGGCCAUGGUGUCCUUCAGCGACAAGCAGCGAUACAUCGGCACCGGGGCCGCGUCCACGGCCACCAUGAACCCCAAGAACACGAUAUCGCAAAUCAAAAGGCUCAUCGGCAGAAAGUUCCGAGACCCGGAGGUGCAGAAGGAUCUGCCGCUCUUCUCCUUCAAUGUGUCGGAGGGCCCCGACGGUGGCCCUCUGAUCAACGUCAACUACCUCAAGGAGAAAGCCUCGUUCACGCCCACGCAAAUCCUCGGCAUGAUCCUCUGCAAUCUCAAGAAUGUCGCCGCCAAAGCCCUCGGCACGACGGUCGUCGACUGCGUCAUCGGCAUACCGGUCUACUUCUCGGAGCUCCAGCGCCGCGCUUACCUCAAUGCGGCCGCCAUCGCCGGGCUGCGCACCCUGCGGCUCAUGCACGAGACAACCGCCACGGCUCUGGCGUAUGGAAUUUACAAGCCCGGCUUGCCCGACACCGAUGCGUUCCAUGUGGUGUUCGUGGACGUGGGGCACGCCAGCACGCAGGUGAGCAUCGCGGCCUUCAAGAAGGGCCAGCUCAAAAUUCUGGCUCAAGCUUUCGAUCGGUGCUUGGGAGGGCGGGACUUCGACGAGGUUCUCUUCGCGCAUUUCGUCGACAGGUUCAAGCAGGACUACAACAUCAACGUCGCGUCCAACGCUCGAGCCAGCCAGAGGCUUCGCGCCGCGUGCGAGAAGCUCAAGAAGAUGCUGAGCGCCAACGCCGAGGCUCCUCUCACCGUCGAGUGCUUGAUGGACGAGAAGGACGUUAGGGCGCACAUGAAGAGGGAGGAAUUCGAGUCGCUGGCCGCCGACCUUCUCGAGCGAGUGAGAGCACCGUGCGAGCGAGCCCUGGCCGACUCCCACCUGUCGCUCGAUAAAAUUGGCGCCGUCGAGGUCGUGGGCUCCGGGUCCAGAAUUCCGGCCGUCCUCAAAAUCAUCGCUUCUUGCUUCCGAAAAGAACCCAGCCGGACGCUCAAUGCCAGUGAGUGCAUCGCUCGUGGAUGCACCCUGCAGUGCGCCAUGAUGAGCCCUACCUUCAAAGUCCGACAUUUCGAGGUACAAGAUUCGUUUCCGUUCCCGAUCGCGUGUUCUUGGAGAGGGCGUUCUGCUUCCCCGAAUGCAGAGGCUCCUGAUCGCGAGCCUGCUCCGAGCACCAGUAGCGUUGUGUUUGUGAAGGGCAAUGCUCUUCCCAGCGCCAAGUUGUUGACCUUCCAGAGGUCGGGCACUUUUUCGAUCGAUGUUUUGUAUGCGGACGCAAGAGAUUUGCCACCUGGAACUCCGCUCAAAAUCGGCACCUAUCAGAUUGGGCCUUUCAGCCCCUGCAGAGUGGAGAGAGCAACGCUGAAAGUGAAGAUUCGAUUAAGUGUCGACGGAAUUUUGUGCGUGGAGUCGGCUACCUUGAUAGAGGAAGAUGAGUCUGAAAUGCCAGCCUCAAAAGUCAAAGAAAAUCCUCGAGACUUCCCCGAAGCUCUCCCCAUGGAUACUGAUAAGGACGGGCAGAAUGGCGUAGAACCUCAGGACGCACAAAACCUGAGAACGCCGGAAUCAAACGCACCCGAGAGCAAGUCAAACAGCAACUCAACGAAAAAUGAAUCCGAUGGAACACAACCAGAGACGGUGAAGAAGAAGAAGUCGAAACGGAUAGAUGUCCCCGUGCAGGAAGUGGUCCUGGGAGCUUUGGCAGGCCACGAGUUGCAAAGGGCUGUGGAGAAAGAGUUGGAGAUGGCCUUGCAGGAUCGAGUAAUGGAAGAGACGAAAGAAAAGAAGAAUGCCGUCGAAGCGUACGUUUACGACAUGAGGAACAAGCUCUCUGAGACAUUUUCAGAGUUCGUCACGGAGCGAGAGCAAGAGGAGCUGGCGGCCAUACUUCAACAGACGGAGUUCUGGCUGUACGAAGAGGGCGAAGAUGAGUCGAAAAGUGUAUACGUAGCUAAGCUUGCAGAACUGAAAAAGUUGGGAGAUCCGGUGGUCGAAAGACAGCGCGAGGACGAGGCGCGAGGACAGGCUAUAGAGGAUCUGUUGUUUUGCAUCAACAGCUAUAGCGACGCAGCCCAGUCCCAGGAUGCGAGAUACGAUCAUAUCUGCAGUGGAGACAAAGAGAAGGUGAUCUCCGAGUGCAAAAAGACUGAAGAGUGGUUGAAAGCCAGAAGACAAGCUCAGGAUGCUGUGGCGAAAACAGAAGCUCCUGUUUUCCUUGCUCUGGAUGUGAGGAAAAAACAGGAAGCCCUUGACAAAUUUUGCAAGCCACUGGUGAACAAGGCACGGCCGACUGCCGCAAAGCCCAACACCGAAGGCCCAGGAGAAGAAAAGACUACAGACAAGAAGGACUCGAGCGGUUUCUCGGCAGCGGGGGACGGGACACCCGCUAGAUCCACAGAAACUGAUAAAUCCAGAACCAUUCCUGAAACUAUGCAGACUGAGUAAGCUGCAAGCAGCUCGGUUCUGUGCACCUGCAACUCGCAACAUUUUGGCAUGGUUCGGAGAGUGGAUAUAUAAAGGUCGCGGAAACUUUGCCGAUGUUUUCAG